UGAAAUAGCAUCUGCCAUUUUGUAUUGUAUGGCAAAGACACAUUCUAGUGAAAAAAGUGUAUAAAUAACAUUAUUUUUAUGGUGUAUCGGUGGUUAAUUUUAGUUUUGAACACAAUAAUCAUUUGGCCGGAAAGAAGCAAAUGUUUAAAUGGACGCAUCGUCCAUUAUCACACAAGUAAAUCGCGAUGACGAUCAAUUAAAUACCUUUCCAUCUGAGAAAGGCCCACUAGGGCGAAACGAAAAUGUUAACACAAAUGGAGGAGGUACAAAUCAUAAAAAACCUGGACGAGGUUUAUUACGAUCACUGUUGUGCUGUUGGAGCGGGCAACGUGGUCAACAGAAUUCAGGAGGUGGAAGUGGUAAAGGAUCUGGAGCAUGUGGAAAUGGAUCAAGUGUGGAUGGGCGAGCAAGUCCUGCAUUAUGUCCGGGAUCACCUAGAUACCUGUUACCCGCCGUACGACAUCAAGAUAUGCAUAAGAAAUGUUUGGUUAUUGAUUUAGAUGAAACUUUAGUUCAUAGUUCGUUUAAGCCGGUGAACAAUGCAGAUUUUGUAGUACCAGUUGAAAUUGAUGAACAAAUCCAUCAAGUGUAUGUAUUAAAACGACCAUAUGUUGAUGAAUUUUUACAACGUAUGGGUGAACUAUACGAAUGUGUAUUAUUUACUGCAUCAUUAGCAAAAUAUGCAGAUCCAGUUGCUGAUUUAUUAGAUCGUUGGGGUGUAUUUCGUGCACGAUUAUUUCGUGAAAGUUGUGUAUUCCAUCGUGGUAAUUAUGUAAAGGAUUUAAAUAAAUUAGGACGUGAUUUACAACAAAUAAUCAUUGUUGAUAAUUCACCAGCAAGUUAUAUAUUCCAUCCAGAUAACGCUGUGCCCGUGGCAUCAUGGUUUGAUGAUAUGACAGACUCUGAAUUAUUGGAUUUAAUACCAUUCUUUGAAAAACUUAGUAAAGUUGAUAAUGUUUAUACAGUACUAUGUAAUUCAAAUCAUCCAUAUAAUAGUAUACCACCACCUCAGCAACCCUCAAAUAAUUCAAUCACAUCCUCUACAAUUCAACAAUCGUCGCAACAAUCAUCUACAGCGGUCUCAUAGCUAUGAAUUUCAUUUUGAAUCGAUCCACGAAUCGUAUAGGUUUUUUAAAACUCAAUUCGUUUCUUUAUUUCUGUUUUCAAAUUAUUUUUGUUUUUCAUUAUAGUCUGUCUCAGGAGAAAAUAGAGUUACAGCAAAUUAUUCUUUUUAAUUUUUGCAAACAAUGCAAAGAAAAUUGUAUU